UCUUCUUUCCUUCUCUCUCAACUUCAAUACCUUCUUCUUCUUCUUCUUCUUCUUCUUCUUCUUCUUCUUCAUAAACCCUUACGUUUCUCGAGAAAAGCCUGCUCAAGAUUUCCUCGAAAUCAAUGUGCGAUUCUGUUGCAUCUCUGUCAAUUGUCUUCUCUUGAUUCUGUUUUUUCAGAUUCCAACUUUUGUACACUCAUUUCUCUAAAAUUUCUCUCGACUUCAAGUUAAUUUCCGGCGAUGUUACGGGAAUCAGACGGCGAGAUGAGCUUAGAGACGACGAACUCGCCGAUAAGCAGCGGAACAGAGAGUUGCAGCAGCUUCAGCCGGUUAUCUUUCGAUACUCCGCCGUCAACCACCGCGAUUAUCCCUGAAGAAGAAAGUUUCCUCUCUCUUAAACCUCACCGAUCUUCCGACUUCGCUUACUCAGAGAUCCGACGGCGACGAAAACACGGCCUAACCUUCCGAGAUUUUCGCCUCAUGCGUCGAAUCGGCGCCGGAGACAUCGGUACAGUAUACUUAUGCCGUCUCGCCGGUGGAGACGAAGAAGAGAGCCGGAGCUCGUAUUUCGCGAUGAAAGUUGUGGAUAAAGAAGCGCUUGCGAUGAAGAAGAAGAUGCACAGAGCUGAGAUGGAGAAGACGAUCUUGAAGAUGCUUGACCAUCCUUUUUUGCCGACUCUUUACGCCGAGUUUGAAGCCUCACAUUUUUCUUGCAUCGUCAUGGAGUAUUGCUCCGGUGGAGAUUUGCACUCUCUCCGUCACAAACAGCCUCACCGCAGAUUUUCCCUUUCCUCCGCUAGAUUUUACGCGGCUGAAGUUUUGGUUGCGUUAGAAUAUCUACACAUGUUGGGAAUAAUCUACAGAGAUCUGAAGCCUGAAAAUAUCUUAGUUAGAUCGGACGGUCACAUUAUGCUCUCUGAUUUUGACCUCUCCUUAUGCUCCGACUCAAUCGCAGCCGUUGAAUCUUCCUCAUCGUCGCCGGAAAUCCAACCCCGUUCUUCCCCGCGUCGGCUCACUCGACUCGCUAGGCUUUUCCACCGCGUUUUGCGGUCCAAAAAGGUCCAGACGCUCGAACCGAACCGUCUCUUUGUUGCUGAACCGGUUACCGCUCGGUCCGGUUCUUUCGUCGGUACGCAUGAGUACGUGGCACCAGAAGUCGCCUCAGGUGGGUCCCAUGGAAAUGCUGUUGACUGGUGGGCCUUUGGAGUGUUCCUCUACGAGAUGAUAUACGGCCGGACUCCGUUCGCCGCGCCGACCAAUGACGUCAUCCUCCGUAACAUCGUGAAGAGAUCUUUGAGUUUUCCGACGGAUUUGCCGGCGACGAUGUUGGAGCUUCACGCACGGAGUUUGAUUUCGGGUUUGCUUCACAAAGAUCCGACCAAACGGCUUGGGUCACGGCGAGGCGCGGCGGAGGUUAAGGUGCAACCGUUUUUCAAAGGUUUGAAUUUUGCACUGAUUCGCACGUUGACGCCGCCGGAGAUUCCGUCGGAAGCCAGGAGGCCGAAGAAGUCGGCGACGUUCGGUGGUAAAAGUAGUAAAUCAGCGGCGUUCGAUUACUUUUGAAAAAAAAUUGACGAUCGAGAUUAGCGCCACGUGUUUAGUCGGUUUUCAGGUCGGUGCCAGAUUUUUGGUGACUGCCUUGUGACGAUAGCUGUUUUAGCUGUGUAUAUAUUCCCUCGAAGCUGUCUUUAGUUUUUAAAAAAUGGUUUGUUUAUCUGACUAAAUAUAUUAAAAAUUAGAUGACUUUUCACGC